CUUAACUAAGUGGAUUUGUAACAUAAUUUCUUUUCGUUUUCCUUAAAUAAAUUGUUUGUUUGUUGUUUUUGUUUUGUAUUGUUUCUGUUUUGUUUUGGAAUUACAGAUCAAGGCUUCUGCAAGCAAUAGCAAAGAUUCGGUUAUGGCGGUACAUAUACCUGGACUCAUUGCAAUCAUUGUGUUCUACUUGAUUAUCUUAUCUAUUGGGCUGUGGGCAGGUCGGAAAGCCCGGGAGAGGGGCUCAAAUGUUGAAAAUAUGAUGAUAGCAGGAAGAAAAUUUGGACUUGUUGUAGGGUCAAUCACACUUACUGCUACCUGGAUAGGAGGAGGUGCAAUAAAUGGAACAGCCGAAGGCGUUGUUAGAUAUGGUCUUGUAUGGUGCCAGGGUCCUCUUGGAUAUGCAUUAUCGAUGUUCAUAGGAGGAUACUUCUUUGUUGAUAAGAUGAGAUCACAAGGAUACGUGACAAUGCUAGACCCUUUUUCGCAUAAAUAUGGAGAAAAGAUGGGCGGACUUCUAUUUAUUCCUGCUGUUCUAGGUGAAAUAUUUUGGUCAGGUGCAAUUCUGGCUGCUUUGGUAUCUGUAUUUAACACAAAAUAA